AAUGUGACAGCCAGAAGGAUGAAUUACUGGACAGCGUGUGCCUGUGUGUACAUGAUAACAUACAUAAAACAGAGAACAAGAAUAAAAUCCUAGGUAGGUAUCAUUUGACGUAACACUUACCAAGAUGUUGGACAGACAGAUCUUUACGGAUAGCCAUGCCAAGUCCAUUCUCACUACCAUGAACAACCUUCGCAAGAUUAAUAAGUUGUGUGAUGUCAUAUUGCGUGUGGAGGGACGAGACUUCCCGGGACAUCGCAUUGUGUUGGCAGCAUGUAGUGAUUACUUCUGUGCUAUGUUCACCAAUGAGAUGUCAGAGAAAGACAAACAAAUCAUUGAGCUACACGAGAUCUCCAGCAGUGUGAUGGAAGUGUUAUUGGACUUUGUCUACACUGAGACUGUCAAUGUGAGUGUGGAGAAUGUUCAAGAACUACUGCCUGCAGCCUGCCUACUGCAACUAACAGGAGUGAAGCAAGCAUGCUGUUCCUUCCUGGAGAAACAACUUGACUGUACUAACUGCUUGGGAAUCAAAGUGUUUGCUGAACAACACUCGUGUGAAUUGUUGCUAGCUGCUGCAGAGUCCUUUGGUCUCAAACAUUUUGAAGAAGUUCUUAUGCAGGAGGAAUAUCGAAACCUUCCUUUGGAACAAGUCAAGUCACUCAUCAGAAGUGAUGAACUACAAGUGAACUCUGAAGAACCAGUGUUCAAUGCAGUGAUGACAUGGGUAAAAUAUGACCCAGACACUCGUAAGGAAUAUCUGGCCCAACUUCUGCAGCAUGUCAGGCUAGCCAUGUUGUCCGCUAGAUUCAUCACAGAUGUUGUAGAUGAUGAGCCUUUGAUAAAAAGAUGUCAUGAGUGUAGAGAUCUUCUGGAUGAAGCCAAGAAGUUCCAUCUACGACCUGACCUGCGGUCCAGCAUGGUUGGACCAAGGAUGAAAUCAAGAAUAGGUACAGACGACAUUCUGGUGGUGAUGGGAGGGUUCGGGUCUCAUCAGAACAUGGUGGAGGUGGUUGAGCAAUAUGACCCAAAAUCUGGCGAGUGGAGACGACUCCCAAAUCUGACAAAGAGACGGCGAUAUGUUGCUGCUGCAGCUUUAGCAGGGAAGGUAUAUGUGAUAGGUGGAUAUGAUGGACAGUCACGUCUGAACACUGUUGAGUGUCUUGACAUAUCAGCAGAUGAUCCGGUAUGGCAAACUAUUGCACCCAUGUCUCACAGGAGGGGACUAGCAGGGGUGUGUGUGUACAAAGGUGAGAUCUAUGUGUGUGGUGGGUUUGAUGGGUUCACACGCCACACGAGUAUGGAGUGCUACAACCCCCACACCAAUCAGUGGCACAUCCUUAGUGGCAUGGCCGUUGGACGAGAAGGGGCUGGCCUGGUGGUGUCGGGGGAUAAGAUAUACGGCAUUGGGGGUUACGAUGGAGUCAACCUGCUGGACUCGGCAGAAGUUUAUGACCCAGUGAAAGAAGAAUGGUCCAACAUUGCACCAAUGUCCACCAGGCGAUCAGGGGCUGGAGUAGCAGUAGUGAAUGACCUUGUGUACGUAUGUGGAGGGUAUGACGGAACUGACCACCUAGCCAGUGUUGAGAGCUACAACACACACACUGGACAAUGGUCAGCAGUCACACACAUGAUUGUGCCUCGAUGCUAUGUGGGGGCUUGUGUACUACGAGGAAAAUUAUUUGUUGUAGCAGGCUAUGACGGUAAUACGCUUCUGAAUACUGUGGAAAGUUAUGACCCAACCACAGGGACGUGGGAACUUUUAGACAGUGCCAUGAAGACUCAGAGAUGUGAUGCUGGUGUAACAGUGGCACGUAAGUUAUGACACAGGUUUCCUGGCGCAGUCCAAUGUGAUGUCCAACCCGAUGCCUUUUCACUUGGUAAAUGUGUUCUUGCCAGUUAAAAAAUAAACCCUGGCAUGUUUGGUGUUCAAUAAAUUUUCUACAUGCUUGCCUUUCUUCGUAUACAUUCAACACCCAAUUGUGUUACUGUGGAAUGUUUUGGAUUAUGGAUCGACUGAAUGGACUGUUGAGAAGAGUAUAUAGGAUUCACAGAAUGGUCAUGGCGAUGUCCUACACACUUAGCCAUGUCUGGUCAACAGUACAGGUGCUGCAAACAUCCAUUUGUGUCAGUUCACAGUAUUUAGAACUCACAGAGAUGUCUGACCAUAUACAAUUGUCCUACACAUCCAUGUCAGAUCCACAGUUUUAUGCUGCACCCACAGAAUUGCCUGAUGGACCGUAUACCAGUGUCCGGCACACCUGGCUUGUCGCAUAAAGUAGAUAAACCAAUCCAGCUACAGGCUUUGUCAGGAUAUGAAGAAACUAGAGGGACAACACACCCCUGAACAGUUUCCUGGUAAAUGUCUGUUGCCAGGUUUGAAUUGUUUCUGUGAUUUAUUAACUGAAGACAGUUUGAAUACCUGCCAUUAUAUGACAAUGUAUUUUAUUUCAUAUCAUUUAAAGAGGUAUGUUUUGUUUUUGUCUCUGUGUAAUCACAUUCAUCAAGGAACAUUCCUUGUUAGUUAGUUUUGGGAACAAGUGUCUUUUCUGAAGUAUUAUAACUUUUGAAGAGUUGAUGAAUUAUAGGAUUAGUGUAGAUAAAGUUGAACCUCCUUAUCUUGAACUUACAUUACUUGAAGACCAGAUUGAUUCAAAGAAUUUCAUUGGUCUUGGGAAAACUUCAUCACAAACAUUCAAAUUCACCUAAGAUGAAUACUCUGAUAAAUGGAAGUGUUCCCUCUGUCUUGGUGAAGUUAUCUUAGGUCCUGUCAAAGUUUUCUCACUGCUGAGAAAAAGUUUUCCCACAGUCCAGACAAAGUUUUCCCACAGUCCAGACAAAGUUUUCCCACUGUCGAGACAAAGUUUUCCCACAGUCCAAGUUUCCCCACUGUCAAGACAAAGUUUUCCCACAGUCCAGACAAAGUUUUCCCACUGUCGAGACAAAGUUUUCCCACAGUCCAGACAAAGUUUUCCCACUGUCGAGACAAAGUUUUCCCACAGUCCAGACAAAGUUUUCCCACUGUCGAGACAAAGUUUUCCCACAGUCCAAGUUUUCCCACUGUCGAGACAAAGUUUUCCUACUGUCCAGACAAAGUUUUCCCACUGUCGAGACGAAGUUUUCCCACAGUCCAAGUUUUCCUACUGUCCAGACAAAGUUUUCCUACUGUCCAGACAAAGUUUUCCCACUGUCGAGACAAAGUUUUCCCACAGUCCAAGUUUUCCCACUGUCGAGACAAAGUUUUCCCACAGUCCAGACAAAGUUUUCCCACAGUCCAGACAAAGUUUUCCCACUGUUGAGACAAAGUUUUCCCACUGUCGAGACAAAAUUUUCCCACUGUCGAGACAAAGUUUUCCCACUGUCGAGACAAAAUUUUCCCACAGUCCAGACAAAGUUUUCCCACUGUUGAGACAAAGUUUUCCCACAGUCCAGACAAAGUUUUCCCACAGUCGAGACAAAGUUUUCCCACUGUCAAGACAAAAUUUUCCCACUGUCUUUGUGACUUUGAGAUAAUGAGGUUUGACUGUAUUUUUAUUGAUAUUAUUAUUUUUUUUUUGUUACAUUGUUUUUAUCAAAGCCACCAUUAACACAAUAAGGUUGUAUCAGAACAUGUAUCUAUGUGUUGUAAAGUGAUUUGAUAGUUUAAGAUAGAGCAGGUGAUCUAUCAAGUGUUGUAUAUUUAAUUAUAUGAAAUAUUUCCACAUUAUUAAUAGGAGAAAGCUAUCCAGACUAAGACAAGUACUUUUAUGUCACUGAUUAUGGUAUCCUGAUUUAAAGCAACCUUACUGAAUAAGCAGUGCAAUUUCUGUGCCUCUAUAGUACACUUUUUUUGCAGUGAAUUACAGUGUAUUGUAGGGUAGGGGAAAUAAGCGUUGCAAUGUCCGCUCCUGUACAGUACACUGUAUUGCAGUGUAUCACAGUGUACCGUAGGGGAGGAGAAAUAAGCAUUGUAAUGUCCGCUCCUGUAUGGUACACUGUAUUGCAGUGUAUCACAGUGUACUGUAGGGCAGAGGAAAUAAGCAUUGUAAUGUCCGCUCCUGUACAGGACACUGUAUUGCAGUGUAUCACAGUGUACUGUAGGGCAGAGGAAAUAAGCAUUGUAAUGUCCGCUCCUGUACAGGACACUGUAUUGCACUGUAUCACAGUGUACUGUAGGGCAGAGGAAAUAAGCGUUGUAAUGUCCGCUCCUGUACAGUACACUGUACAGUACACUAAUUUUAAUCAGAUUGGAUUUAAUGUGGAACCAUGAUCAAGGUCUCAUGAGGAAGCUACUUCUAUUGCUGCAAAAAUCAAACUGCCUGUUGUCUUUGAUGAAUGAGAAUACAAUUUCAGCAUUAAUUAUGAUUCCUAUUUUGUACCUUUAUAAUGUGGAAACUUCCAGGUUUCUUUUUUAUUGUUUUACAGGUUAUAUGAUUUGGUAUGUUUGUUGUGGGUUAUUAACGUGAAUCUAGACCGUAAAACUAGCUUAUAGCAACCCCUUCUGUAAAAUGACUUUUUCUUAAAAGUGACUCUUUCUGUAAAGUGGCCUCUCUUUGAAAAGUGACCCCUCUGUACAGCGACACUCUUUUUAAAGUGAUGUCCCCUUUUAAACAACCACCUCUGUACGGUUACCCCCUCUUUGAAGUUAACCCCACUAUAAAGUGAUGCUCUCUAUAAUGCAUUCCCCUCUGUAAAAUGACCUCUUGUUAAAGUGACCCCUUUGUUAUAACCGAACCUCUGUAAUGUCACAUCCUCUGUGAAGUGACCUCCUUUGUGAAGUGACCCCCUCUGUAAAGUAACAUCCUCUGUGAAGUGACCUCCUCUGUGAAGUGACCUCCUCUGUGAAGUGACCCCCUUUGUAAAGUAACCCCUCUGUGAAGUGACCCCACUGUACAUAAACACUUUAUUAAUUAAAUCUCACGUGAGUAUAAUUAUUUUUGUAUUUAUCAUUACUACAAUAAUUAUAAUAUAUUAACUAUUUAAGAGGACUUCUGAUGAACAUCUGAAUGCUGAAUACUUUCACCAAAUCUCGACCAGUCAUGUGAUAUAAAACUUUCAUUGCUGGUGGAUAAUUAAUUGAUUUUUUUUACUUUUUUGUCCCAAGUUUUUAUAGAUAUAACAAAAUUUGUGAAUUUACACUGCCAUUUUCACCCCGGUGAAGUUUUGACAUCGACUAAUUUUCAGUAAUUUGGUGGUAUACGUAAAGACAUGAAAAUAGCUUUGUAUUGACCCUGACAACAAAUUGAAAGUGCUAGCAUUAUACUGAGGACUUUUAAAUAUUUAACUUAGGUGCUAUUUAUAGAAAAAAACACCUUAGGGGAUUCUAUUGUGUUUGGUUUAAAUAUAACGUCAGCUUCAUGUAUUUCAUCUGUUUGGUAUAUAUAUAAAUAUUUACUAGACAGAGCUGAUUGUUGGUGAGCUCAGAGGGUUCCGGGUUGGAAGCCUGGUCAAACCCUGGAUUUUUCGCUCCUGUUACAUUUGGUGCUUAUGACCUAACCUGGCUUCAAGUAAAUGAAUGUUUGGCAAGGGAAACCUAAAUCUGGAUUAUAACUGGAUGUUUAUGUAGUGGUACUGAACUGGGUUGAUUAUAUCCAGCCAGGUAUCUCAGUUGGUAGAGUGUCUAUCUAGAAUUUGGAGGUCCUGGGUUUGAACCCUGGUUUGGCCGUCUAUCUUUCCACUUCUAUUAUAUAUAAAAUAGACAUUACAUAUGUGUAAGUUAUUGAAUGUUUUGGGGAAUGUCUUCUGCAUUCACUAUUAUGUGGAGAUGUCUGGCUCCUAUAAUGUUACUCUGAAAUAGUCUUUCAAUGCUUUUGGGAGCGGAGGGGUUGAGUGUAUUUCCCCAGAUCCAUUGUAGUUAGACCUGAAAUCUGUUAUAUGGUCCUCUAAAGUUAAACAUGAGUUAGUUAAACGUGAGUUGAGAUACUUACGCGCUGGUUACCAUCAAUUUUUCGGAGGAGGUAUAUACUGUAGCGUCUGACAGGAGAAAGUAGAGGAUGACAAAUUCUCUGUGAUUACUUUAAUAUCAUUAUCUAAGCAUUUGAUAAUUUAAAAUGAUAUUCGUAUAUAUAUCAAGUACGGUCUGAUUUGCUUGAUAAAGAGUGUUUGAUAUUGUAAAAUAUUAAGUAAAACUACCUGGUACAUACUAUGUAGAUUUGUAUCCUUUCUAAUUGCUUUGAUAUUGAAAUCUAGACAUUUGAAAAUUUGAAAUAGAAAACUGCCUGGUAUGUACUUUGUAGAUUGCUUUUUAUAAAUGUAGCAGUAUUUCAGUAUGUCAUGUUGGUGAAAAUGGAAAAAAAGAAAAACAAGAGAAUUUUAAACGGAGUCUGUAGUUGUAUUGAAAUUUUAUCACUAGGUCCUGUGAAAUUACAGCAUUGUGCUACUGUAUUUAAAAUGAAUCUGUUAAAUUCUGUAAUUUCUCGAUAGAUAACCUGACCAGAGGUUUUAUUCAGAAUUAACUGAUUAGAUUGUAUGGUUGAUGUUCAUUUUCAGGGAUUCAUUUGUGUUAAAUUUCCAAAGUUUUGUUUUGAAUUUUUUUGUGAAAUGACCUUGCUUUACUCUGAAGAUUGAUUGGGCGGAUUGUGGUGAUUUUGACUUGAUACAACAAAGGGCACCUCUAUCACACACCUCUAUCAUUAUCUGAGGUUUAAGGUUGAAUUUCUUCAGAAAAAAGACUUUGAUGUAUUAUUUCAUUCAUUUCCUUUAAUGACCAUCUCAUUUGCACUGGUACUUAUGACAAAAAAGGGUUGUCAUUUCUCUUAGUUGGCUUGUAAGUGUCAUACAUAUUAUACAUGUAUGUUAUCUAGGUUGAAAUUUAUAUAAAAAUGAGUCUCGUAAUUUAUUUUCUGUCUUUAAAGUUUGAAGGGGAGCUAUUCUUCUCAUAUUUUGGCAGCAGCAGUUUAUCCUUGGUUCGUAAUGGUUGAUGUUCAGAUUUUUUCCCCUCCAAAAUGGCAAUCUCCACUUAACAAAUAAUUUGAUAUGUGCGGCAGGUUUGUGGGAUAUUUUCAUCAGUUAUUUUUGGAUUUUGUAUCCAAGUUUGUGUAUGUUUCGUUCAAAGAUUUGUCUGAAAACAUGUAAAACUGAUAUAAAUAUUUAACAUUGUUUUGCUUUAUAUCGCUGUUACUUUGAAUUUAGCUAUUUUUCCUAUACUGUAUAAGAAAUGAUUAUGAAAUAUGAUUUUUUAAAAUUUUGCAUUCACAUUGUUGAUUCCACAUUUGAGAGUCUCCUCUAAAUAUUUGUCUUAGAUUGUCAAAAAUAUGAUUUUACAUCAUGUUUGAAUAGUAUUACUGAAUCAGAUAUUAUCCAGGUCUGUGAGAAAUGUAACUACAGCUACUUGUUAGAAAAGUUCACGUAAAAUCUGACUUGUGAUUUAAAGAUGUUAGAAAUCCCAAUGGUUAAGCAGGUAAAAUAGACGUGGUAUCAUGUUGAUUUCCAUCUUUUUUUUUUUUAAAUCUGUUUGUUGUGUAAUAUUAAUACAUUUAUGAAUAUUCUAUGUACAAUGUUAUAAAGUGAAGAUUAAAAGACAUUUAUGA